AUGAAAGGUUUAACGGUCAGAUCCAAGUAUUUAGAGUUUAUUUUGUUUUUUCAGUUCAUUAUUAUUGAAUCCACUGAUUCCAGCUCACUGUCUGGAAACCUGAGUUUGCCCAGCAGCAAAAAUUUAGUGGAAAAAGAUGUUCAGGAGGCAGCAAAGCAGGUGGGAAAUCAAGGCAAAAGAGGUUCACAAGCUGACGAGUCCAGGCAAAAUCCUGCCCUAAUGGGAUACCCGAGGCUCAUCAAGUCAACAACCAGUGGAAAGCCGGAUGUAAAACGAAUAUAUAAUGAUUCUUCCAUAUCAUCUACUGGGGCACCAAAGAUUGUAAACUCACUGUAUCCCUUAGGUGAAAAUUCCCUGAGUGCCUACGGAGUGCUUCUGCUGUCUCUGGUGGUCUUUGCUGUGGGUAUUGUUGGCAAUCUAUCCAUCAUGUGCAUAGUGUGGCACAGUAUGUCUAUGAAGAGCGCUUGGGACUCCAUCCUGGCUGCUGUAGCCCUCUGGGACUUUAUUCUUCUUUUUUUCUGCUUGCCUGUAGUUGUUUUUCAGCAGAUCACACAUCGUAGAUUGCUUGGGGCGCUCUCCUGCCGCAUUAUACCUUACAUGGAGGUGUCUUCAUUUGGAGUCUCUACAUUCUCUCUUUGUGCUCUGGGCAUUGAUCGUUUCCAGUGGAUAACAUCUCAAUUUUCAUCAAAGCCAGAGGAACAGUGUCGCUCUAUACUAGGAAAGAUAUCUGUUAUCUGGAUCGGCUCCUUGACACUUGCUCUUCCAGAAAUUUUUCUGUGGCAACUCCACCAGGAGCGUUCUCCAGCUUCAGGCCUGAUUAUAGACUCCUGUGUCAUGGACCCAUCCACUGAACUCUCUCCAGUUUUUUACGCCUUAGUUCUUACCUACAAGCACGCUCGUAUGUGGUGGUUUCUGGGCUGUUACUUCUGCCUGCCACUUCUUUUCACAAUGACUUCAUUACUAGUAACACUGAGAAUUGUUGGAAAUACAAAGAACAUCAAAAAUGUGCAGGUCCAAUGCCAGCUCAAUUGGAUAGUUGCAAGUUUAGCUAUUGUGUAUGGCAUAUGCAUUUUACCUGAAAAUGUCACAAACAUCUUGUUUAGCUACACCACUUAUCAUGUCCCUCAUAAUCUUCUAAUGCUUAUCACUCAGUUUUUCUUAUUUUUAAAGUGUGCAGUGACACCUAUUUUACUCUUGUGCAUUUCUAAACCAUUAGGGCAGGCAUUCCUGGAUUGCUGUUGCUGUUGUUGUGAUAGUAAGCCUAAACCGGGACCUGUACAUAAGGCUGAAGAGAAUACUGAUAAACAGGAACAAUUAACUAACCCUAACUGUACAAAUUAUGUAGAAUUGCAGCUUGGAACACCAUGUUGAUGGAUC